AUGGCGGACCGGAGCAUUGUGAUGGACUUCCUGCUAGCCAGUGUGGCUACGAGCGGCGCCUGCAUAGUAUCCAACCCGAUGGAGGUCGUCAAGACGCGUAUGCAGCUACAAGGAGAGCUGGCACACAACGUGACGCGCGGUGCGGCACCUGUCGUACAGUACCGCAACUUCGUACACGCCUUCUACACCAUCGGACGCACUGAAGGUAUACGCGGAAUCCAGCGCGGCCUUGGUCCUGGUAUUUCGUACCAGAUCUUCAUGAACGGACCGCGUCUGGGACUGUUCGAGCCAUUACAGAAGGUGUUUGGAGCCACAGACCCCACGGCGUAUUCCUUCCCACUACGUAACGUGUGUGCUGCGGCCACCUCUGGAAUGAUUGGUGCGUUCAUCGGCAGUCCUUUCUUCCUGGUCAAGGCACGGAUUCAAGCGGCCAGCUCGGCAGGAAAGAUCAAUGCGCAGUAUGCGUACAACGGAAUGAUGGACGGAUUCCGGCAGAUUAUCAGAUCUGACGGGCUGUUGGGGCUGUACCGCGGCGCGACAGCGUCGAUUCCGCGUGUUGCGAUCGGUUCCGGUACACAACUGGCGACGUAUACACAGGCGAAGACACUCGUGCUUGCUGCAGGCUUUGAAGACGGUGUGCAGGUUCACUUGGGCUCGAGUAUCUUGACGGGUCUUGUGGUGACGACGGCGAUGAAUCCGAUGGAUGUGGUAUCUACGAGGAUUUACAGCCAGAAGGUGGUGAACGGCAAGGGUAAAUUGUACUCGGGCGUGAUGGACUGCAUCAUGAAAACUAUGAAGAGCGAGGGUGUUAGAGGGUUCUACAAGGGCUGGGCGGCGCAUUACAUGCGGCUCGGUCCGCACACCAUCUUCACGUUCCUUUUCUGGGAGGAGGCCAAGAAAAUUGCCGCCGAACUUGGUUAUUAG